AUGGGCAAUCAAAAGGCCACGCGCCUGAAGAAGAAGAAAGGGCCUGGCAUUGACUUCAAGCGAGUGAAGUCAAAAGUGGGCAAGAAGCUGCCCAGGGCAGACAACUUCACCAGGACCGACUUUAAGGCCAAAGCGCUCCACUUGCCGGACCAGAGUGUGACGGCCAGCAAGGGCACGGCAGUGACCUCCCGCAACCUGAGCCUGCAGGAGCUGCUGGGGCAGGCGUCGCACUACAAUGCCCACUCCAGAAAAGACUCCCUGGGUGGCCUCCAGGAGCUGCUCCAAGCCCACCCUGCGCUGCUGCCCCUCCACACAGCUGCCAUCAUUGAGAAGAUCGCCCCGCGCAUUGCGGACGGCGACCGCGCCGUCCGAGAAGCUCUCCUUGGGCUGCUGUCCAAGACAGUGCUGCCCGCUCUGCCAGAGGCUGUUGUCGCUCCCUUCUUCCCUGUCCUUGCGGUGCAUGUCUGCAAUGGGCUGACCCACAUGACAGCGGAGGUGCGGCUGUCCUCUGUGGCGUUCCUGGACCUGCUCAUAGCCCGGUACCCCGCCCUCCUGCGGGCCUCCCCUCUGCACGCACAGAUUGAGGACCACUACGUGACGCUGCUGUCCAUCACGGGGCCGUUUGGGCGCACCCCCGCCUCCCUGCUCAAAGUCCUGUCCAGCCUGCACAGCUUCCUGCAAGCCUCGCAGCCCGCAGCUGCAUCGCAGGAGAAGGCCAGCCAGACAAAGGAUGACAUGUGGCAGUGGGGUCGGACGAGGGCGUCCAGCCUGCACGGAAACAGGAGCGCUGUGGGCCCAAAGGACGGGGGCAGGUGGCCGAGGGAUGGAGAAGGUGCAGCAGAUAGCCCUGGUGAUGCGCGCGGUGCCGUUCCCCCCCUGGCUGCACGGCUGGUCCCUCGCCUGCUCGACUGCUGGAGCGAGUGCACCCCCGCCGCGCUCGCCGUUAAGCCGGACCCCCCCACUGCACAGAGCCUCGUCCGCAUCGCCCGCGUCCUCCAUCUCUUAUUGGAUCACGAGUCCAUAAGCGGGCAGUCAAUCGCUCAAGAGUACCUCCCCCAGCUGACCCACAAGGUGGCGGCGCAGUUCCCGGUCGCCGCCCCGGGGGUCCGAGUCAGCGCGCACGACAUCGAAGACCUGGUAGACUUGAAUCUGGCGGUGUGCCAGCUGAUGCUGCCCUUUUUCGGGGGGGUGGGCGCACCCCCCUGGGAAGGAGCGCUCGUGGAGUACCUGCAGGGAGUCCUCGAGGGGCGGGUUCUGCCCGGCAGCGGCAAGGGGUUAGCGCACGGGUUAGAGAAGCGGGCGUUAACCGAGGCGCAGACCGGGGUGGUGCUGGCGAGCCUGGGGCAGCUGCUGAGGGUGGUCGGGGAAGAGGAGCGGAGUGGGCUGCUGGCCGCAUUCACCCGGUUCUAUCUCGGGUGCGGGCCGCAGUCGCGGAGCAAGGCGGCGGCGCUCCACUUCAUGGGGGGCCUCCUGCAGGACGAGUCCACGUUCUCGCUGGUCCCCCCUGCCGGCGUUCAGCAGUGGCUCUCCUCCCUCCCCCGCCUCCUGUGGGAGCUGCGCUCCGCCUCCCCCCCGGCCUCCCACCAAGUGUUACUCCUCCUGCUGCGCUCUGCCCGGGCGGCUUCUCCCGAGGGCCCUCUCGCGUCCACCAUCGCCGCUCUCCAGCCGUCGUUGCUACCCUUCGUCUGCUUGACCGUCCCCCCGAAAAAGCAAGGCAGCGGGGAAACGCGCAAGUUUGGGCCGUUUGUGAGCCUUCCGGAAAAGACGCAGGCGCUGGCGGUUGACUUGUUGCCGCAUCUAGGGGCGCUCGCGCCUGCGCUCAUCAGCGCGCUGGCGCACUGCUGCGGCGCCCCCGGGGUGGGCGUGCAAGUGGUUCUGCGGUUGUUGCAGGUUCUGCAUCACUGCGCGGCCGCGGCUGACACGCUGACCGUCGCCACGUACCUGAGCUUCCUCGUCACGCUGCUGGCCAAGUGGUCGGCCCUGGCGCACCCAGGUGGAGCGCCCGCUGCUUCAGAUUCCGGUCGAGCCCCCGGAAAGGAAGCGGAGUCCAGGGAGGGCGCAGCGACAACGUCCGGCAGCAGAGAAGCUCCUGGAGGGAAAGAGUCCGAAGCGCUUUUGGACGGCAUCUGUGCGGGGUUGGCGCGGGCGGGGGGUGGCGCAGUGGUCCUGAGCCUGGUCGGCCCUCUGCUGGCGAAGCUGUUAUUAAGCGCGAGCGGUGAACAAGAAUCUGAAAGUAGGGGAAUGGACGUCUGGGCAGUGUAUGCCGUCCUGCGAGCCGUGAGCACGUGCAGUGAGGAAAGGGUAACAGCGGAGCCGGAAGCGACCGGCAUGCCGGCCGAACUGGCGGCCUUGCUGCCGUCGGCUGUGGCCAGGUACUGGCUAGAGGUGACGUCAGCGACAUCUCGAGGCACCGGGUGGUUGGCUCCGAUGUUGCGGCCGUGUGUGUUUCUGCUGCGAAGGCAGUCGUGGUUGCUAGCACCCGUGCUAGAACAGCUGAUGUUUAAUCUGGAUGGGUCCGGUGUGGCGCAAGUGAGCGGUCUUGAUCAAGAGGUGAGCGCCGUCAACAGGGGGAGAAGGGUUUUGGCCUCUCUUUUGCGGCUGUUCGCAGUCAGCGAGCUCGAGUCUCUCCUCGUGGACUGUCGGGUGGUAGUGGAUAAGCUGCUCCGGUUGUUGCAAAAGUUAGUCCAGGGGUCAGGGCAAAGCGACGGCCAGCGGGCAUCGCUGCUGCGUGAGGACUUGGCGAAGCUAGAGGCACGAGCGGCAGUGCUGUAUGGACAGCGGACGUUUGGAAAGUUUGCUUGA